AUGUCAGAUGCUAAAGAGCUCACGUACGCGGACGUACAGUCUCACAGCGGGAAGAAGGAUCUCUACGUUGUCGUGCACGAUAAGGUCUACGAUGCCACGAAAUUCGUGGAUGAGCACCCCGGAGGAGAGGAAGUGCUUCUUGACGUGGGUGGCCAGGACGCAACGGAAGCCUUUGAGGAUGUGGGACACAGUGAUGAGGCGAGGGAGAUAUUGGAUGGGCUGCUUGUGGGAGAUUUGAAGAGAAUGCCGGGCGACCCAGCCCCCUCCGGCGCUGCUGCCCCAGCAGCAUCAACAACCACAGCAAGCAAGUCAGAAAGUGCAGGCAUGGGCGUCGGUCUCUACGCGCUUGUGCUGGUGGGAGGUAUCGCUGCAUUUGGAGCAUACAAGUACCUUCAGAUGAACUCGGAAUCGAGUAAGUAA